AUGCAGCUGGUGCCCAUGAUUUCUAUGGUCGCAGCCAUCCGUGACCAUUCUGCCGCAGAUGUUUCGCCCGGCUUGAGAUGCUUGGGAGACCGCUUGGGCGGCCCGGUGGCUUUCGACAGGCCGAUUCCCCACCCGAAGGCCCAAUGGGCAAUGAUGGCGUUGCGCUGUGCAUGGUUGUUGCUGUGGCCAAGCUCGGUGGUAGGUCAGCUUCUGCUGGGUUUGUCGCUGACCAAGACGGGCCCAAGUCAUGAGGUCCUGAAGGCGCAGCUCAUCGAACAGUCCUUGGAGUUGGUGGUCUCCAGGGCCAACGAGAAUGCCUUCACCCCCAACGGCUUCCAGGAUCAUCGUGGCAAUCCCAUCCAAUUCGGAUUGCGAGUCUUUGACGAUGAAGGAAAUGCCACCAAGGUGCAAGAGCUGUACCGGGCCAUGAUCCAAGAUCGCUUGGUGGAUCUCCUCUUGGGUCCCCAGACGCAGGCCUUGUCCGAAGCCGCCCGGAGCGUGACCACGGCCUUGCAGCGGACCUUGAUGCUUUGGUCGCAUCACACGAUGUCCGUGGACAACUUUCCGCUCCAAGCCGGGCAGCCAGGAACUUUCUCGGUGGCCGUGCCAGUUGAGAACUUGAUGGACCAGGGGCUGCGGAUCCUGAAAAGUCUGGGCAGCACGGAAGUUCGGGCCAUCGUCGGGACGGACCGAAUCUCUGAGUUCAUGUGCACCAAAGCUAUGGAAAGGGCGGAGGCGCUGGGCUAUGCUUCGGAGCGCAUCAUGGCGCGGCCGCAGAACAGCUACGAGCUGCUGACACAGAUGCAGCGGCGCUUCACGCAACCGCUGGAUGUGCUCUUGACCUGCACCAGCGAAGCGGAGAUGUUGAACGUCGUCAUGGUGGCAUCGAGGCUGAAUGUCUCGGCGCAGGCCAUGUUGUCCUACAACGCAGAUAGCUUGGCCACCUACAACACCGUGGGCCCUGCCGUGACUGCCCUACUGGCUCCGAGUGAUUGGCACCAUGAAGUGUCGUACCCCUGCCGCGCCUUCAUCGACACGCAGACGUAUGUGCAGAUUUUUCAGUUCCGCUACAACCAGCUGCCCAGUACGAAAGCCGCGGUGGCCACGGCGGCGGCCAUUACGUUGAUGGCCACCUUGCAGCAGACGGUCUUCGAGGGUCCCGACUUGGACAAGAACAUCCGCCUGGCUGCGCAAUUGCAAAGCACAGUUGUCAACACCAUCGUGGGGCCAGUUCGCUUCAAAGCGGAUGGAUCGUCUGAUAGGAUGGCCGUCACUGUGCAGGUGGAGGAGGUGGAGGGCGUGGGCUUCCAGGGCCAGCUGUUGAAUGAGACGAACCUCAGUAACCUGGAGUGGCCAAUGCCGAGUUGGGAUAGCAAGUUUCAACGCGAGUUGGAAUGUCCCAAGGGCACCAUUUACAACGCUUACGUGGCGGGCAACGGCACUGAGAGCUGCUUGUUGUGCCCUGCUGGCUUCACCAAUGCGCCCAAGGGCGAGUGGUGUCAGGCUUGUUCCGUUGGCACCUUUGCACGGAGCGAAGGCUCGGAGUGCCUGCCCUGUGCUCCCGGAGCCAACUGCAUCGCAUCAGGCACCACGACGCCGGGAUCACUACCUGAGUACUACAGGUUUGAUGCCAGUCCUGAUGGAGCUCUUUACUUUCUCAAGUGCCUUGAUGGUCUUUGUUUAGGCGAUAACCAAUGCUUGGGCAGCAACAAUGGUGCCCUUUGUCUGUCAUGUCUACCAGGCACUACCAAUAUGGGCGUUCUGCGCAGGCGAUUCCAAUGCUCCAACUGUCUUCCUACGGCGGUGUUGGUCAUCUUCCUGAUCAUCUACUUCCUGAUCAUCUACUUCUUCGUGGUGAUCACUGCAGAGGCAUCGGUCCACGGCAUGAUCUGGAAGCGGGUGAUCAGCUACUGGCAGAUUUGCAGCGCAGCCACACACGUGGGGCGUUUAUACCGCACAGAUGGCUUUCUACAGCUGCUUUCUGAUCUGAUACUGUAUCCGUUCCAUACCCUUUUAGGUUUUGAUUGUUUGUUCUUUGGCGCCGCUCGGAAUUCGCAGACCUUCGUUUUCGUUACGGGCGCUGUGUUGAUGCCAGCGAUUUUUGCUGCGAGCACCGUGUUCUUCAUUGUCAAGACGGGUAUCCAAGUCAUCAACUCCCAAAACGCGCGCUCCAAACGAGGUCGCAAGAACGCCUUGCCGAUCAAGGAGUUAUUUAUCAAGACCAUCCAGGGAGCUACCAGGUGGAAUGUGGCCUCCCUCUACGUGCUCUACUGCCCCACCUUGAUCAUCUUCGUUAGCUGCUGCAGCUUCGUGCAGUUCGACGACAGUUCCUGCCGAUUCGCGUGUGCUGGAGCCUUGCCGGAGCGUGUGCUUCGAUCCUCGACGUCAAUGGGCCGGGUGUUGGAGGGACUUGUUGGAGACCCGCUGUGCAAGAGGUGUCACAGUGGGUCCGCGGUGGAAGGCGAUACCUGGUGCUCCAUCUGCUCGUGCAGUCAGCUGCUGAGCGAUAGCGCCAGGCAUCGCUUCUACUCCGCGGCACACCGGGCUCUCUGUGAGGAGCUGGUGCGCCAGACUGCGCGGCAGGUCCAAGGUGUGAUAAAACUGGACCGGCAAGUCCAGGGUGAGAUCUGCUCACUCUCGGACAGGCUGCGCAACACUAAGGAGCGGCUGAACGAGAUCACCAAUCAGGUGUCCAGGUCGGCCGCGGCCAAAUCCAAAGCGGACGGGCGAGACAGACUCCCCUCCGUGAAAAGAGAGAAGGACCGGGACCGGAGGCGUGAGCCCGAGGAGAAGGUAGAUUUCGGGAGCGAGAGCAGUGAGGAGGAGACGGGUGAGGAGGAUCACCAACCGCGCGAGCGUCCUGGUGACGACGCUGGACCGGUGAACCCCCCGUCGGAUCGUGGGAAGGAGGCCCCAAGGUCACCCUCACGAGCUCCACCGCCCGCGCCGGAGCGCGAGGAGCGGGAGCGGUCUAGGAGCCGCCACAAGUCUGACAAGAAGAAGAAGAAUCGCAACCGUCGAGGAGAAGGAGGCAGCGAGGUUGGGGAACCAGGAGUGGCCAUCCUGGUAGAUGCUAUCAGGGACCCGCAGUUUUGGAAAGACUGUCCAGUGGAAAAGGGGUGUGUGCUGGAACUCCCCUUUCUGCGGCGCAAUGGAAACGAGGACGAGAAAGGCCUGGUAUGUAUCUACGUGAGCGACGUGUGCCGAGAGGAAAGCGGACUUUACUUGGGAGUCAAAUUGCUUGGAGCCGACGCCCACUGGUGCCGUUUGGAGGGGGUGAAAAUGUUCUCGCGGCAACGUCGCCGCGUCCAUGUGUGCAAGCAUGGCCCGCUGUCCUGCGAGGACAAUCACCCAAAGCUCUGGCACAUCCAAGAGUUCGCCGUGUUCCCACCGGGGUCGCAUCCGCCCAAGUACGUGGAAAAGGUCAAGUUGAAAGAAUGGCGGAAACUCUAUGCCGCCACGCUGGAGGAGAGAGGCAGAGGCGGCCUGGGAAAAGGAGAGGGCGCCCCCGAGAGGAGAGACGAAGGAGCCCCAGAUCGAGUUGCAGCCCUGCGGAAGCGGCUUCAGAUGAGGCAACACGGUCCUCCGGCCGGCGCUGGCCUAGACGCCGUGUCGCCACCUGGAAGGACAGCCCUGACAGCCCCUGGAGCGGUUGCGACAGCAUCGCAUCGUCAGGUGGCAGCGAUCGAGGACACCGCGGAGGAGCGUGCCCCCGAGCCAGAGCGGGGGGACCGGCGACGUGCGAGAGAACCCUCGAUGAAAAGCGCGCUGGCGGACGCCGUAGCGCAGCGAAAUCAAGGGAGAUCCCGCACCCGGUCCCCACGCCGGCGCAGGCGCGAUUCCAGGAGCCCUUCGCGGAAGAAAAAGAAGAAGAAGAAGAAAGGGAGGCGCAGGCGCGACAGCCGCGACUCAAGGAGCGGUUCAUCCGAGGAGAGCUCAUCGUCCUCAAGCCUGCUGCCCCCGCUGCAGAAGAAGGCGGCGCGCCACCCAGGCUCGGUGUUGAAGAUGCUGCUGGAAUCAGUGGGGGAAGCGCUGGCGGACGCCGCCGUGCGCAAAGGAGACACAAGCCCCCUGCUGGACAGGACAAGCAAGAUGAUGUCCUAUUUCCAAAUUGUGGCCAAACCCCAAUUGCCUGGGAAGGUGCGGGACUUACGCGAGCUGGAGACGCUGGGCCGUUGCAUAGACUUGCUGGCCCAAGGCGCCCUCCCAGAGCUAGGCGACGCCUUAGCAGGGAGGUUUCUCGCAGUCGAGUCCGCCGGGCUGACAAACAAUUGGCAGGACGCCCAGCACCUCGAGGUGAUCCCGGUGCGACAUGCUGGGCUGGCCCCGCCGGCCGUCAUGCUGCGCGCCCAGAAGCACACCAGGACCAUCGAGAAAGCGACCGGGCAGAGGAGGAGGAAAGGAUGCGCCGAAAGAAGGAGAGGGGGCAGCCGCCCCGAGUGGAGCGAAGUGAGCGGCCCCGGUGAGGGCCCUGCUGCAGACGAGACGCACGUCGCGCCGUUGGUAGCGGGGUUUCCAGGUGAUGGCACGUGCGCUACUGGCGCUGUGCCGUCGGAACUGGAUGCCUGGCCGGAUGAGCUGCUACAGGAAGUGCUCUCAGAGUGGCUGGUCACCGCCGAAGGAAGCGGAAGGCCGGCUGCUUUGACUGAAUUCAUGGGAGCUGGUUCUGUCGACCCCUACAUGGAUGCGUCGAUGGAAGGUCCACGGUUGUGGGACCCUUGCGCUGGGGUAGGCACACAACGCUAUCCCGGGCGCUCUUUUUCCAACGUGGAGUGGGCCGAUUUUGAAUGCCCCCGCGCGCUAGGCCUGGCCCUGGCGGCAGGGAUCAGCGAGGGGAGGUUGCCAAUUGGUAUGGAUCGGUUGUUUCAAGAGGUCAAGCAUACCGCAUCUCAAGAUGCUUUUGGGCGAUCUUCCCUGCUGUUCCCGCUGCCAGUAGAUUGUAGUCGGGAAGCCCUGACAGGAGAGGCCUGUGGUGGCCCCGAGUGCGCAUGGCUAGCGCUUGUAUGCCAUGGACUGAACGUUCUGUCCGGCUGCAAAAAGUCAGCGCCCCGCAAGCGGUUGGGUCGGCAGGUUCUAGAGCUGUUGAGAGUUUUGGAUGCCCGGAUUGGGCGGUUCCUUUCUUUGUUUUCCCCCUUAAAGGUUGACCCCCACGAAGUCUGGCAGGACGUCUUAAGUAAGAGGAUCUCCUAUGACGGGGAGGAAUUUGUGGAGCCGGUGGCACUAACCCGGGAGCAGAUCACGGCCAGCCUGCCCCCCCUGGGUCAUGGGGGGUCGGUUGAACUCACCCCUCUCUUGGUAGGCCGCGCGGAGUACCUGAUCCAGCGACCGGAAGAGCUACUGCUGGACAAGGAGCUGAUGGAAGAGGGACCUAAUGCUGCCCGUGUGCACAUCGCGCUGGGUGAAGCCAUGAAGGUCUGGGAGCUGUUGGAAGAGCGCGGCAUCGUUGAGUGGAUUGAUCUGCAAGACGUCUACUCUGAUGACGGCGGGCCCUAUUUGGCGGGCAUGUUCGGGGUGCCGAAAGCUGGCAAGUUUUCGCCCGCGGGUGACCCACUUCUACGGGUGAUCAUGAAUUUGAAGCCCAUCAACCGGGCCCUGGACAUAGUGAGGGGAGACAUAGGUGAGCUGCCGAUGGCUACAACCUGGAACCAACUGAUGCUGGACGAGUCCGAGACGGUUCACAUCAGCCAGGCUGAUAUGAGCAGCGCAUUCUACUUGUUCAGCUUGCCUGCACCGUGGCGCCGGUUUAUGGCCUUCAAUGCCCCGACGCGCGGCUCAGCGCUGGGGCGGGAUGCCAACAAAACCUAUGUGCCGGCUUGCAAGGUCCUUCCGAUGGGAUGGAACUCGUCCGUUGGGCUGAUGCAGAUGGCAUCUAGGCAGCUGGUCAAGCGGUGCCAGACGUGGGGGGCCGUCGAGCUCAAGAGGCAAGCUCUGGCCCCUCCCUGGUUUGUGGACACGGUGGCCCGGGCUGGACCGCGUUUGUUCUGGCAAGUUUACCUGGACAACUUCAUGGCAGGUGAAGUCAGUUUAAAGGGUCUGCCCGACUCGGCCUCUGGUGACCUUCACCGCGAGGCAGUCAGGGCAUGGACCCGCGAAGGAGUGCUCUGUGCCGAAGACAAGCACGUCUUGAGCGCCCAGGACGCCACGGAACUGGGGGUCCAUCUGAACGGUGAGCACGGUUUGGUUGGCGCCGGCCCACAACGGAUCCACAAGUUAUUGGUGGCGACAUUGAUGUCAAGACCGCAGGCGCUGGUGGCCAGUGGUCAAGCAAGAGCUCGGGCUACUAGUCUGUUUGGUGCCAUUACUCCAAACGGACUUGAGGGCGACUUUCUCGCCGGUGGUGACCUGUUCGGACGCCUGCUGGUGGUAUCUGCAUUCAACGGGAUAGGAGGGGCAUUCCGGGGUUAUGACUCGGCCGGAGUAAAACCCCGAGGACUGGUGGCUAUUGAGUGGAGCAAAGCCGCCCAAAGGGUCACACGGAAGGCCUGGCCACGCGUGAUUGAAGUGGGUGACAUUGAAACGGUGACAGAAAGCACCGUAAAGGAGUGGAGCAAUCGCUUCCCCCGAGUCACCCAUGUGCACUUGGUGGGCGGCUUCCCCUGUGUUCACCUGUCAGCUGUCCGCGCUGGGCGGCUGAACUUAAGCGGGGAAGGAUCGAAGCUUUUCUGGAACUUGGUGGCCCUGCUGCAAUGGCUCCGAACCAUCUUUGGCCCCACUGCGCAGGUGGACUUUAUCAUUGAGAAUGUCCUCUCCAUGGAUACCUCGGCCCGGCGCGAGAUUUCGCAGGUUCUGGGCGUCGAGCCGUAUGCGCUCUGCCCGUCGGACCUGUUGCCGUAUAAUCGGCCAAGACUUGCCUGGGUCAGUGAGAGGCUGGAAGAAGGGCCGGGCAUUCGCCUGGAACGGCUGGACGGCUUCACCAGAGUUUGGAUGAGUGGCGCCGGUAUAACUGAUGAGCAAUGGAUCACACCAGGCUGGAAGAGGUAUGACGGUCAUGGGAAGCUCCCGACCUUCAUGAAGGCCAUAGCGCGCUUGAGGCCGCCUGAUCGGCCCGCUGGUGUGGCCAGAUGUGAUGAAAGCGCCAUCGCGCGCUGGCGCAGUGACAGUUUCAGGUUCCCUCCCUAUCAGUACAAGCUGGACAACCUGCUGGAGAGUGAGGAUGGGGACCUGCGUUACUGCAACGCGACUGAACGCUGCCUGCUGUUAGGCUUUGGGUUCGGCCACACCGCCUUCGCCAUGUCGGCUAGCCAAGCUAAGGGGCAUGAACAGGAGCUGGAGGACUUGCAGUUGCUGAUGUCGCCGCGCCCCUGCAACGCCGACUUUCUUAUGGACCUGAACCUGACAGAGCCGCGCGCCGCGCGACGUGGUGUCUCGCUGCGAGCGGUAGGGAUUAGCGUCAAAACAGAACGACGCUACACCAGCGCCGUGGCCACGCUGCUGCCGACCCUUGAAGCCGCGGAGUCGCUGGACGAGCUGGACCCACUCUGUGAGGAGUGGAUUGAGGCCCAGUGGAUCAGUGGCACACCGCUGGGACUGAUAGGAGAUGCCCUUUGUGGUAUCCACUUCUUCUGGCCGCAGGUCAAGGGACAUCUCCGUGGGGCUUGGCGCUUGUACAAAAACUGGCGCAAAAUUGAGGUCCCGCAGCGUGCCCCGCCGCUGCCCCGGGUUGUCUGUCGGGCGCUAGUUGGGGUCUUCCUGGAAUGGGAGGAACCCGCGCUGGCAUUCCUGGUGGCGCUGGGGUUUCAUACCUAUCUCCGCACCGGGGAAAUUCUCAAACUUCAGGUACGGGACGUCAUGCUGACCCCGGAACACGGAGUGGUGUCCAUUAAGGGUAGUAAGACUGGCCUACGGUUCAAUGUGGAUGAAGCGGUGGCCAUCAACGAUAAGGCCUUGCAUCAGCUUUGGGAGCUCUGCCACCUGGAGAGGAGAGGAGGAGCUACGCACAGCUACCAGGUGGAGCAAUCUCUGGAGAGCAUUCUUCUCCGUGGCAGAUGGCGGGCACUGAGUGUGGCCCGCAUGAAUGGAGCCGUGGAAUGGCAUAAGGGCUACUUAGCCUUUUCAGUGCAGGGCAUGCCUUGUGCCCCUGGCCAGCACGUGCCUUGCGUGUUUCGGCUGAAAAUGACCAUAGGGUCGGGAAAGGGUCAAAGGACCAAAUAUGUCCAGAGGGACAUCUUUCACUUCAGGUGCUUUCUUCAAUAA